AUGCCAUCACCGGAGCCACCACCCCAUUGUCGGGGUUUCCAUUGUCACCGGAGCAAUCAUCGUCCGCCGGAGAAACCACCGUCACCGGAGCCACCACCGUCGCCGGAGCCACCACCGUCGCCGGAGAAACCAACGUCGCCGGAGCAACCAUCGUCACCGGAGCCACCACCCCAUUGUCAGGGUUUCCAUUGUCACCGGAGCUUCCAUUGUCACCGGAGCAACCACCGUCGCCGGAGCAACCACGCUGCCGGAGCCACCACCGUCGCCGGAGUCACUUCCGUUGCCAUAAGGAGUAGGUUGUAA